AUGCAACUGAAAGACCUUCUUCUCGGCCUAGGCUUUGUUUCCAGUGCCUGGGCACAGCUCGCAGAUACCUCUGACUACCCCAUCGGUCCACUGACUACUUCGGAUGAAAAAUGGGCGGUCAAAGUCUGUGAUAUUACCGACUAUGGUGCUGUGGCAGAUGGAGAGACUGAUGCUUCAACCGCUAUUGUGGAUGCAUUCAAUGCUUGCUCCUCCGGUGGUGUGGUAAAUAUCCCAUUGGGCACCUUUGCCUUGGAAAACUGGGUCACAUUGAGUGGUGGUACUGCCUGGGCUAUCAACUUGGAAGGAAUCAUUGUUCGCACUGGAACUGCUGGCGGCAAUAUGAUUUAUAUCGAGCACAGUACUGAUUUCGAAAUUUAUUCAUCCCGUGGUGAAGGUGCUGUUCAGGGGUAUGGCUAUGUAUUCCACGAGGAAGGGGAGUACGGGCCUCGUAUCCUUCGUCUCUAUGAUGUGACCAGCUUUUCCAUCCAUGACAUUGCACUUGUCGACUCUCCCGCCUUCCACCUAACGCUUGACACUUGCAACCAGGGUGAGGUUUAUAACAUGAUCAUCAGAGGAGGAAACGAGGGAGGGCUCGAUGGAAUAGAUCUCUGGGGCUUUCAGCUGCACGUAUUCGAUGUCGAGGUAACAAACAAGGACGAGUGUGUCACUGUGAAGAGUCCGGCGAACCAUAUCCUUGUUGAGAACAUCUAUUGUAAUUGGUCUGGCGGUUGUGCAAUGGGCUCUCUGGGUGUCGAUACUGAUAUCACCAAGGUUGUGUACAGCAACAUAUACACGGUUAACUCAAACCAAAUGUUCAUGUUCAAGAGCAACGGUGGUAACGGUUCGGUGACUGACGUAACUCUUCAAAACUUCAUUGGACAUGAGAACGCCUACUCGCUCUACAUUGAUGCGUACUGGACAGAAGAAACAUUAGCCGCUGGUGACGGUGUGUUGUAUAACUCCAUCACCUUCAGCAAUUGGACCGGCACAUGCGCCAAUGGCGCUACGCGAGCCCCACUAUACGUGUUGUGCCCUUCGACACAGCCCUGCACGAAUAUCAUCAUCGAAGACUUCGCCAUGUGGACUGAAAGUGGAAGCACAGAGUACUAUAAGUGCGCAGAUGCCUGGGGCUCGGGCUACUGCUUACAUGCGGGAUCCGAGCACACUGAGUACGGAACAGUCACCUCGACUUUGACGACUGCUCCAUCGGGAUACUCCGCUCCUACAAUGCCCGGCCAACUUACUGCGGGCCUGGGACUGACUGCAUCCAUUCCAAUUCCAACUGUUCCCAACACUUUCUUCCCGGGAGCUACUCCGGCCACGGCACGAGUCUAUGGAAGUUAG